AGUGGGCCGAGGGGGGGGCACAGAGGUGGCAGCUGUGCGAGGAGGCGGUGCGGGAGGCCGAGGAGCUCACGCCCGGACCAAUUCCGCGUCCGGGGCCGCAAGCCCCGAUCCUGCCGCGCACCGAGAGGCGAGACCGGCCGGAUGGGCCGCUGAGUCCGGAUCGGGGACCGAGGGUGAUGUUGAACACCUGCAGAAGGGUCUCCCUGGAGUUUGGGGGGCCAGUUCCAGUAUUCGGAAGGGGACCAUGCGCUGAGAGUCCCUGCCCUGAGCGGGUGUGCGAAAAGCCUGGCCGCCUCCAACAUUUGAGCCUCCACAUCUUCACAGUGUGGAGCCCCCUGGAGCUAAAAUCAGGAUGUUCCGCUUCAUGAGGGACGUGGAGCCUGAGGACCCCAUGUUCCUGAUGGACCCCUUUGCCAUUCACCGUCAGCACAUGAACCGGAUGUUGUCGGGCGGCUUUGGAUACAGCCCCUUCCUCAGCAUCACAGAUGGCAACAUGCCAGGGACCAGGCCUGCCAGCCGCAGGAUGCAGGCUGGGGCUGUCUCCCCCUUCGGGAUGCUGGGAAUGUCGGGCGGCUUCAUGGACAUGUUUGGGAUGAUGAACGACAUGAUUGGGAACAUGGAGCACAUGACAGCUGGAGGUAAUUGCCAGACCUUUUCAUCCUCCACUGUCAUCUCCUACUCCAACACGGGCGCCGGCGCACCCAAGGUCUACCAAGAGACAGCAGAGAUGCGCUCGGCCCCAGGCGGGAUCCGGGAGACUCGGAGGACUGUACGGGACUCGGACAGUGGGCUGGAGCAGAUGUCCAUCGGACAUCACAUCCGAGACCGGGCCCACAUCCUCCAGCGCUCCCGAAACCACCGCACGGGGGACCAGGAGGAGCGGCAGGACUACAUCAACCUGGAUGAGAGUGAGGCCGCGGCCUUUGAUGAUGAGUGGCGGAGGGAGACUUCCCGAUACCGGCAGCAGCGCCCCCUGGAAUUUCGGAGGCACGAGGCUUCAGGCGGUGGGGGACGGAGGGCUGAGGGGCCUCCCCGCCUGGCCAUCCAGGGACCCGAGGACUCCCCCUCCCGACAGUCCCGCCGCUAUGACUGGUGAGGGCCCCGGGCCCUCGGCCUCUCGUGUACGGGCUGAGAGGCUGAGAAAUCAUCCCCUGAAAUAACUUUUCCUCUUCAACUCCCACUCCCAAUUUAAUAUUAAAUUAACAGGCCAGCUGGCCCCCACCUCUCCCUGGGGGUCUCAGCGAGAACCUUUCACUGCCCCUUUACCUACGUUUUCCUUCUUUAAUCUCCUUACCAUGAUGACUCCACUUCUUCUGUAUCCACUAACUUGAUUUUUCACUUUGCUGCCCCAUCUCUGAAACUCCUUCCCUUCCCCAUUCUACCCCUGCCAUGCAUCGAAGGGGCUUUUGGGGUGGGCUCUGGGUUUAGGGGCCUCAGCGACCCUGGAUCUUUGCCCACCUCCUCCCCAGAUUCCCCGCUGCAGGGGCCAUAGCCCUGGUCCAGGGCUGUGUGUGGAGGGAAGGACCGGUUCCCAACCGGGUCUCCCUUCCCAGCCGCUACGCAUCAUAAAAAUCUGCCCCACAUCCUUCUCUGCCUUUAUUUUUUGAUUUGUGCAGCUUGUAACUAGGUGUUUAUGAAAUAAAGGAGAAUGGAGAAAAGACC